CUCGUAAGGAUGGCUGGUGGUUCGAAGCGACCGACUGGGAGUUCCGAUGGUUGUUCCAAUCCUCCGUUCCUCAUAGGGGUCACUGGUGGAACUGCUUCCGGAAAGUCAACCGUAUGUCAUCGUAUAAUGGAGAUGCUUGGACAGAACAACGUCGCGGAGCAUCAACGCAAGGUGGUUUGCAUCAGCCAGGAUUCGUUUUACAAGGAACUGACUGAUUCCGGGAACAAAUCCAAGGCUAUCAAGGGAUUGUACAAUUUCGAUCAUCCAGGUGAGAAAUUCUUUCGUGGAGAAUGA